AUGACUUCUAUAGAAAUAACAUCAAGUGAUAAGGAACCAUUGAUUGAAGAACAAACUGAUAAACCUUCUACUUCAUGGUUAAAAGUUUCUAGUGCAUUAUUUUAUGGCGUAUCUUCUUUUAUGAUAACUGUUGUGAACAAAAGUGUUUUAACUAGUUACAACUUUCCUAGUUUUCAAAUGCUAGCUUUUGGACAAAUGUUGACCACAGUUGUAGUUCUAUAUACAUCCAAACAUUUAAAAGUUGUAAAUUUCUCUGAUUUUGAAUCAAAAACAUUUUAUAAACUCUUACCUUUACCUUUUAUUUAUAUUUCUAAUAUGGUAUUUGGACUAGGGGGUACCAAAGAACUUAGUUUGCCCAUGUUUACUAUGUUAAGGAGGUUUUCAAUUUUGAUGACAAUGUUUGCUGAGUUCUGGAUUCUUGGAGUUAGACCAAAACUACCUGUUAAAAUAUCUGUAGCACUCAUGAUUCUCGGUGCUUGUAUUGCCGCUACCACUGAUUUAGGUUUUAACUUCCAAGGAUAUCUAUUUGUUCUACUUUCAGAUUUUCUUACUGCAUCUAAUGGGGUAUUUACAAAAAAGAUUCUCGGAUCUUAUAAAGAACUUGGUUUCUAUAUUAUUUUUCUCUUGAAAAGAGAUACUCUACAAUAA